ACAGGCACAGUACCGUUCCUUCAUCACUAAAGAGCUUAAAAACAUGAAAUGUUGAGAACUUUUCAGUUUAGUUACAGUAUGUUUUAUGAUAUUGUUUGAUCUCCCGACUAACACUGAUGUCAUGGCUGGAUCUGCUUUGAAGAGACUGUUAGCCGAAUACAAACAAUUAACGCUGAAUCCUCCAGAAGGAAUAAUAGCUGGACCUGUUGAUGAGGAAAAUUUCUUCGAAUGGGAAGCGCUCAUUAUGGGACCGGAGGACACCUGCUUCGAGGGAGGAGUGUUUCCUGCUAGACUUACCUUUCCUUCAGACUACCCUCUCAGUCCUCCCAAAAUGAAAUUUACUUGUGAUAUUUUCCAUCCUAAUAUAUAUUCGGAUGGUCGUGUUUGCAUAUCAAUUCUCCAUGCCCCCGGUGAUGAUCCAAUGGGUUAUGAGACAAGCGCUGAGAGAUGGAGUCCAGUGCAAAGUGUGGAGAAAAUACUUCUGUCUGUUGUCAGCAUGUUAGCAGAGCCAAAUGAUGAAAGUGCCGCUAAUGUGGAUGCAGCCAAAACCUGGAGAGAUGACAGGAAAAAGUUUCUUGAAAUUGCGGAGAGAACUGUUCGGAAAUCCCUUGGAAUCUAAUGAUUUCCUGAUAAUGACAUCAAUACCAUAGGCCACUCACAGGCCACUUAUAUUUCAUGGAGCAGAGUUGUACUCUUCUACUAGCUAAAUGACUGGGGCUGUAGUAUUUUAUGUCUGGGCUGGUGUAAAAAUAUUUUUAUUAUUAUGAAAAAUAUUGGACUAGUUGAAUUUUUAAAAUCUACUUGUUGGCUGGUUCUCAUAAUAUGAAACCGUACGCCACUGAUGGAGAAUGCAAUCAGCUUCAUUCAAACCGCCUUCAAUGCCAUUCCUUAAAAGUUUAACCUGUUUUUAUUCUGGAUGGCCCAAAAGAAGCAUCACAUUUAUCAGUGUCAGGACAAUGUGAUUUUUUUUAUGUGAAAUAUUAUCAAGCAAGCUUGCUUUGAGGCAUUUGCAGACUGCUUUAAUUUUGAAAUAUACGUUUGGUUUGGGGGGGAAAAUCUGUACCUUCCAUAUAUUUACAUGUUCUUCAAUUUGUACAUUAUCUCAAAAAUUUACCCUAUUUUUAUUAAUUAAUUGCUGCAAUUGCCGUGUAUCAAUGUACAGGGUAACAAAUGGGAGAAAAGAAUCAAGCUUGAUGUAAGUAGAGAUAUUCUAUCUUGGGAUUUCGGGCGAAAAGUUUGAUUUAACCAGGUUCUGUGUUCAAAAUUUUAAGUUUGUGAAUAAGGCUUGCAAGAUAUUAGGUGAAAUAUAAGUGGCUUACAAUUGAAUAUCUAUGUUUAAAGCAUAAACGACAUGAAUUUUGUUGACAUCAUCUAAAUGUGUUUAAAUGUUUGUGUACUGAUAGUGUAUUGUAGUUGCUCAUCAGGGACAUUUUAGCAAUAAGUCAAAAUAUCAUUUGCUACAUCAUAAAGCUGGAACACUUAAAGUGGGAAGUGGGGGCAGAUUUCAUUCUUUUACUGUAAAAAUGUUUAUUUUGCAUACAAAAUGUUGUAACUGCACAAAUUGUGUAUCACUUCAAACAAGUCUGGUUCUGUCACUGUUGUAGAUUUUUGACUUCUUAAUUCUAUACUACUAUUUGACAAGUAUGAAAUAUAUUCAAAUAGCUGUACAUACCAGGUAAAUUCUUUAUAAUUCUAUGCACCUUUAUUGUGGUUGUUUUAUUCUCACAUAAAUUUAUAUUUUAUUGAAAAGAGAAAACUCUUUUGAAGUGGCUCACUCCACCUGAGAAUGUAACCUCCGCAUUAAAGCCAUUUUGGUCUCUGUGGUGUAUAACAUAUAGAUAGAACACUUGCAGUAUACCGAAGGGGGGUAACUAUUAUAUGCUAAAUAUGAAAGUGCUUUCAAAAAAACAAUUCCUAUAUCAAACAAGUUUUGCCUUUUACUGGGCUAUAUCUUGUAAUUCAUUAGUACACUGCAUAUAAUCCUUUUAAAACAGCUGUAAUAUUUUAUUUCAAUUAUCGAAAAGCAGAGUUGCAAAAAUAUAUGCAACAAACGGUCAGUAUUUUUAUACCUAUUUCCGAUACCUACAUUUCUCUGUCAUGUUUUAUACGUAUUUCAGUAUACAGCCAAAGACAUGGUUUCUUAUUAGGGGCAGUCUCUCGAGCACGUCGGCUGUAUGUAUGACCAUGGAGAACACUUGACAUUGUCCAAUUGUUAAUCAAUUUUUUAUUAAUAUCAAUAAUUUUGGAAAUGUUAUUUUUUUGCUUAUUGAAUACUGUACAGAUUAAAUACUUUUUUUCUGUUUACAGAGAGGAUAUUGAACAAGCAAUUAAUGAUAAAGAGUUUUAUUCUGGAACUAAUUUUAAUCUUGAAUGUAAUUUCAAGCUUCAGUAAGAAGAUUAUCAGUAGAUAAAUAUCAUAGUCAGUGAGUUGGUGAUUUUGUUUCUAUUAUAGUCAGUGAGUUGGUGAUUUUGUUUCUAUUAUAGUCAGUGAGUUGCUGAUUUUGUUUCUAUUAUCGUCAGUGAGUUGCUGAUUUUGUUUCUAUUAUCGUCAGUUAGUUGCUGAUUUUGUUUCUACCAUAACUCGAAAUUAAGAUAAAAAAAGUAUGUUGAGCUGUAUCAGGUUAUUUCUCAUGUAAAGUUAUCCAAAAGAUCAGCCAUGGGCUUUGAGUGAUAAAAGCUAUUGUAGUUAUGAGACUGCUGGAACUUGAAGCAGUAAGUUAGAAAUGAUGAUACCAUGGGAGAAAUAAUUGUUACUGGUUUUUCUGUGGGUUUGUAAAAAUAUGUUGUCCGAGAGUACAGUUUGAAAAAUAACUUGUAUUUUCAAUCACCUUAAACUACCUGGUACUUGUUCUUAUUAAUAAAUAUGGAGGACUGGACAUGUGAUUAAUAAAUAUUUAU